AUGUCGGCCAGCCACAUCGCCGCCAACAGGAACAGCACCCCCGAGGGCUCCUCCUCCCUCCGCCCGCCUCAGGCCCGCUCUUCGCUCGGUGCAAACCAUCAUCUCCGCGCCUCAGCUGAUUUGGGCGGCUUCCCCUCGCCUUUGGCCAACCGCGGCAUUCGCCCCGCCUCCGAGAUCUACUUUGGCCGCAACAACACUCAGUCUGGCAACCCAGACGAGAUGGAGCGUGCUGCCCAGCAGUGGCUCGCCGACAUUGACCAGUAUGAGACCACGCUCGAGGAGAUGGCGACAGCCACCCUCGAUCAGGACUUCAAGGACGAGUUGAGCGCCAUCGAGCAGUGGUUUCGCGUUCUUAGCGAGGCCGAGAGGACCGCUGCCCUCUACGCUCUCCUGCAGCAGACAACCCAGGUUCAGAUUAGGUUCUUUAUCCAGGUUCUGCAGCAAAUGUCCAAGAACGUGCCCAUGUCUGGAGUACUCUCGCCUGCUAACUUUGGAGAAAAGGAUCCAAUGACGCAGAAACUGAGCGAUGCUAUGAGCAAGCUUAACACGGGCGAAAACCGCCAUUCCAUGGGCCUCGGUCGCCCCCCGCCAUCCCCGGGUGCUGGAAAACGCAACUCGGGCCUGGAAACCUCCACCAUCAACCGCAUGUUCCCAGAUGCGGCCGCAGCUAUUGCUAAGCAGAAAGCUGAAUUCACCGAUGUUGUAGGCGUCGCACCGGCGUCAAACCGCAACAGCACUGUCGGCGACCGUAGCUCAAUGGCAGCUCCCACCAUCUCUGCCCCCGAGGACAACAAGAGGGAAAACAAUGCUCCGCCGGCAUCUCCCUGGAACGAAGGCACGAACCGUCCAAAGUCCUCUGGCCAGCAGCAGCAACAGCAGCAACAGCCCAUGGGCCAGUUUUCGCAGCCUCCUCCAUCCGCCGGUCUUCGAUCUCCUCGUCUUCCCCUCCAGAACGAUGCCAAUAAUGUGCAGACUACUACUCUGAACGCUCUCGAAGCAAACUCCAACAUGCCACUCCUUUCGCCUUCUUACCAGCCAGGUGGCAGCUGGGCAUCGCAGUUGAGCACCCCCAUGGUCGCCAAUUUUAGCCAGUCCAACAACCAGGCUGAUAUGGUUGCCAAUGCCACGGCUAUGAAGCUUGCUGCACUCUCUACUGUUAACAACCGUAUUCAGUUGGAUGAUGUGCGCAAGUUCCGUCGCGCUCGCUCAUCAGACAACGGUCCCAUGUCGCCUGGUAUGCCUCAAAUGGGCAAUGGAAACAUUCUCAUGACAAACGAGAUGGGCCAGGUCUUGACUCCCCAGCAAGCGGCUGCUCUGCAGGCCCAACAGUUGGCUGCCAUGAACGGCCGCCGAUCUCGGCCCAGCUCCCCCGGUUUUGCAAUGCAGGGCCAGGGUAUGGGUAUGGGAGCCAUGGGUAGCUUCACUUCUCCCCAGGCCAACGGUUUCCUAGCUGCUGAAUAUGGAGGUGGAAUGAUGAACAACGGCAUGGGUGCCCUUAACCUUGCUCAGUUUGGAUUGGGUAGCGGAGGCAACAAUGAUGGUCACGGCUUCCUUGGUGACAACAUUGACCGUGGUCGAUCUCCCCGAGGUCGCCGCGGCAGCUCCAAGCCUCCGGAAGAUCCUACCGACCCUGGUCUGCUCUCGGAUAUUCCCAACUGGCUCCGCAGUCUCCGAUUGCACAAGUACACUGAUAACCUCAAGGACCUCAAGUGGCAGGAGCUCAUCGAGCUUGACGACGAAGGUUUGGAGAAGCGCGGAGUUAACGCUCUUGGCGCGCGUAGGAAGAUGUUGAAGGUUUUCGAGCAGGUCAAAGAAGCCCAGGAACAGGGCAAAUUGCGAUAG